AUGAAUUUCCAAACGCGUAAAUCAAAGAAAUUGAAAAAUAGAAUCAAAGCUACAAAAACCUCACCACUCCCCAAAAUGAGUCUUUCCAAAACACAAUAUGGUUUGAUAUUUCUUAAUACUGCAUUUCGACUAUAUUCAUCAUUGUACAUGAUAAUUGGAGAUUGUGAUGAGACUUUUAAUUAUUGGGAACCAUUGAAUUUACUAUUACGUCAAUUUGGUAAACAAACCUGGGAAUAUUCACCAGUCUAUGCAAUCAGAUCAUAUGCGUAUCUAAUACCUUACCACAUCAUUGGUAAGAUAUUACAUUUAUUCAAUGUAACUCCGUUGAAUGUGUUUUACGGGUUACGUGUUAUAGCCCUUGGUGGGUUUACUUCGUUUGUUGAGUUGAAUUUGUUUGCCAAUUUGGACAAUUAUUCAACGAAUUUGGCCAAUUGGUGGUUGUUUCUAACUAGUGUCAAUGUUGGAAUGAGUCAUGGUGGGCUGGCAUUGUUGCCUAGUUCGUUGGCUUUGCAAACAACGUUGUUAGCAAACACCUAUAUCUUUAAAAGCACUGUGAUUAGCACAGAGAAGGUAAACGAUAAAGGUGGUAAUUUGUUGAAAGCAAUUACAUGGUAUUUCGUUGGUGGAUUAUUAGGCUGGCCAUUUGCUUUGGCUUUGGGCUUACCUGUUGGAGUUUAUACGUUGUGGCAAAUUUGUCAACAACGUCUCUCAAGUGUCGUUUUAAUCAAAAUUGGGCUCAUAUUACUGUCAAUAGUGGGUGCUAUCACAUUUAUUGACUCUUAUUACUUGCAGAAAUUGGUGUUUGUUCCAAUAAAUAUUGUUUUGUAUAACGUAUUUGGUGGUGAAGGUGAAGGACCAGAGAUUUUCGGUAUUGAGCCAUUAAGUUAUUACAUUCUCAAUUUGUUAUUAAACUUUCAGUUUGUUUUGCCUUUAGCUGCUUUGGGAGUCUUGAUUAAUCCAUUCAUCACAACUAAUGCCAAAAAGUUUAGUGCAAUUGUAUCAGCACAAUUGGUGAUUUGGUGUGGGAUAUUCUUUAGUCAACCACAUAAAGAAGAAAGGUUCAUGUAUCCAAUCUAUCCAUUAAUUGUACUAUCAGCAGCCAUAUCAGUGUCAAAGUUGACGUCACUUGUAAAGAGCAAGAUGCCACGUUUUGCUUACUAUGCUGCUCAAUUUGGAUUCAUUGCAGCUGUGUUUGUCAUUUCAGUAUUGAGGAUUGUCAAUUUGGUUGAGAAUUAUGCCGCACCACUAGAAAUAUAUCAAGCAGUAUCACAAUUACCUACAUCAUCUACGCAACAAGUCAAUGUGUGCACUGGUAAAGAGUGGUAUCAUUUCCCCAAUUCUUUCCAUUUACCAACCAAUUAUCGAUUGAAAUUUGUUGAAUCAGGAUUUGAUGGAUUAUUACCCGGUGACUUUCAUGAACCCACUAACUCCAUCACUGAAUCAACGACAUUUAUUCCAUCACACAUGAAUAAUCAAAAUAAAUUUGAAUCGGAUAAAGUAAUCUCCAUAGAGCAAUGUGAUUACUUUGUUGAUAAUACUCAAUUGGAAUCUAUUCCUCAAUUGAUUAGACCUGAUUUAUCUGUUGUUGAUAGCACCAAAUGGUAUGUUUUACAAUGUAACAAGAUUAUCAAUCCAAAUGGGAAGCAUAAUUUGAUUGGAAGAUUAGUUUACAUACCACAGUGGGCCAGAAGGUUGGUACCUUAUAAGGUUGAGUAUAUGGAUCUAUGUUUAUUGAAAAGAGUAAGAGAAGAUGAGAAAGUCUAA